AUGACCAAACCGGAAAUCACAGUUGUUUGGACCGCAAACCCUGAUGACCCACCUCUCUCGUCAAACAGUACUAUCGUGCUUAGCAGACAUGGUUGGCUGCGUCUGCUCACUCCAUAUGGUAAGGAAAACACCACUCCAUAUGGUAAUAACAACAUCCUUGUAUCACAGGAUGAUUCAGCAACCUCAGCUUCUAUGUUUGAUUCUGGUAACUUUGUACUCUAUAAGGACUUUGAGGUCGUAUGGCAAAGCUUUGAUUACCCUACUGAUACGAUAUUAGGUGGACAAAAGCUUGUUGCAGGGUAUGCACUAUACUCUAGUGUAUCGGCUUCACAUCACUCGAGUGGACGCUUUAUACUGUAUAUGCAGUAUGAUGGAAACCUUGUGGCUUACCCUCGAAACAGUUCCUGGUCAAGUGAUGACUCAUACUGGUCUACCGAAACCUAUUCCACCUAUUAUGAUUCAUUGAAUCUCAGCUGUAGUGGCUCUCUGUACAUGGUGGGGUUUUCUGAGCCACAAAGAGUUCUGAAUCCACAUACAAGCUCACCGGCAAGAGAAAAUGAGACAGUAAUCUAUCGUGCUACUCUGAAUCCAAAGGGUAACUUCGUUUUGUAUUCCCACACAUUCACAACUCUCCCUAGUAACUUGACUAGGAUGAAUAUUGAAUGGGCUGCUUUACGGAACCCGUGUAAGGCCAAAGGCAGCUGUGGUGUUAACAGCUACUGUUCUUUUACCACAGCUGACGAUGCGGAGUGUCAUUGCUUUCCUGGUUUUUCAUUUCUCAAUGAUACGAUAGAUAGGAAGAUCCUUGGCUGUAGCAGGGGUUUCACUGAUGAAGAAGCCUGCAGCCAAAGUGGGCUAGAAUAUUUUUCCUAUAAUAUGUCCGCGUUGGAAAGUAUAGAGCUUCAAGCACUCGAUCCUUACUCCGUGAGGAAUCUUAGCAAGAAUGCUUGUAGUAAAUCUUGCCUGGAUGAUUGCAAUUGCUGGGCAAGUCUGUAUGCAGAUGAUGGUUGCAAAAAGCUCAUGGAUCCAAUCGUUAACGCACUGCUUAAUAAAAGCAUAUUAGCCACAGUCUUCAUCAAAUUUAGAGUCCCGCAAACAGCCUCAGUGAACAUAAUAAAACAAAGUGUAGUAGUUGAAAGGAAAAGACUUGUUUCUGUUCUAGCCAUAGCGUUUGGUAUACUUGCUCUUAUUUGUACUCCGAUGGCAUUCUCUAGUUACUUCUUCUACAGAGUGCAUGCUCAUAGGUGA